AGGGGAGUUCCCAUCCGAAGCCGUUCCCCGGAGACAUCCUGGAGUUUCCUCUGAAUAAAUACUUCUCCCAUUUUGGAAUUCAUUACGGCGAGAGAGAUGGGAGUGCCCUAUGUAGCACAUCUUACCUGCAGAGGUCUGUGUCCACACAGGACCGUCACCAGGGUUUGGGUUUUAUUGAGCCCCCCUCCCAGCCAUUAUCACAUUGGUUGCUGUAGCUUCAUUCACCGAUCUACAAACACAGCCUAUUAGCUAUACGAUUAGCCGCUACACAUUAACUCAGCACCGGGAUUAAAAACUAUAAAAUAUGUACAGAGGGAUCUGUUAGCAGACAAAUUAUUUAGUAAACAAAAAAAAGUCUGCUUUACAUAAAAAAAAUUGUGGUUGCAGUUUUACAGCUAAUUUCCUGCAAUUCUACACAUUUUGACAUAGUUUGGGGAAAAAGUUGUGCAGUUUUAUAGCUAUUUUCCAGCAAUUCUACACAUUUUGCCAUGACUCAUGCCAUGUUAAUAUGAUAUCUGAGUGACUAACAAAAUCAUUGGGGGGCCCCCUGAAGAUCCGGGGCCUCAUUUAUAACCGUUGCGUACAUUUGACACUAAAUAUCUGCGUGCGCCAUUUCUGAAAACACCAUGUACAAAAUAAUUAUAAACUUGGCGCACGCCAUACAUGUGCAUUUUCCCCCCAAUAUAAAUCUGACCCAUCCUGAAACUGCACGCGUGAAAACGAGUAUUAAAAACUCAGCCUGAAAAAACGCCCAACAUUUGUGGUGACAAUAUUACGCCCUUAUUUGCUGUGAAAGUAUUGGAAUUAGCCCAGGGAAGUUACUAAAAUAAUUAGCAAUGGCAAACUUGAUUAAAUGUCUGUUGGCAGAACGUUUAAAACUUUUACAAUGACAUUUGCUUUAUCGGCAGUUAAAAAAAAACCUGUAAACAGAUCGUUUGAUUUCAAUCACAUUUUUGCGUUUACUUUUUCCCGAACCUAAAUAUGCUGCACUGCCCGCUAAUUCUGAAACAUUGUCUAGAAGCCUACUGUAUGUCUACUCAGAUUGUUAUCAACUGUCUGUUCAUGUUUGAAAUUCGACUGAAUAUUACCAUAUAAAAACUGCGCUCCCUUUCAGAUGUAUAGAGAAAAAUACUUAUAGGCACAAUUGAGAGAUGUGUAUGGUAAUGUGUUGUACAAGCAGUCAGAAUUAGACGUUCGUUCAUGUUUCGCAAAACGUCAAAUUUAGAAGUUGUUCCAAAUGUCACAUUUGGAAGUGUUUAAGGUUAGGUUAGGUUGGGGGGGGGGGGGGGGGGGGGGGGGGGGGGGGGGUGGUUUGUGGGGUGGCAAGCAUAUUCUCAUGUCAAGCAAAUUUGUUAUAAAUGCCAACUACAUUUUGGGGUAAAUGUUUUAUGUAUGCACAGAUUAUAAAGGAGGCCCCUAAAAAGGCUGCACUGCCCUCGAAUUCAGAAACAUUGUCUACUCUGGAAGAAAAUACAACUACAAUAGGCCCACUUACAGUGGUAACCUACACACCUGUUUCACAAUUUGCGGGCAGUGUAGCAUAAUUAGGUUUGGGGGAAAGUAAAUGCAAAACAUUAUUGAAUUCAAACGAUCUGGCUACAGGUCCACAACAAUAUGCAAUUGUUUUUGUGUUACUAUACUUGAGGACUUUUUGGGGACCAACAAUUGAUUCCCAUUCAAAAACCUAUUUUCCCUAAUCCCUAAUUCUAACCCUGACCCUAAACCUAACCCCGAAGCCUAAAUUAGCCUUUUUACAAGUGAGGACUGGCAAAAUGUCAUCACUUCUCUGAAUUUUUGUUGAUUUACUAUUCUCGUGAGGAAUACUGGUACUCACAAGUAUAGUAAAAUGUGUACACACAUACACUUGCUAUGCUGUAUUGACUGACUGUGUGUGUGUGUAGACUCGGAGACGAAUGCUAUUUGGUCGAGCCCUGAAGUCAGAGGUCAAAUUGGACCCAGUGGAGUUUGUGGCACGGAGAUAUAAGGUAGCACACACUCACUCAGAUUCAGUAAAUGUAUUUUUUUUGUGUGUGUGUGUGAGGUCAUAGUUCCUCUAACUGUGUGUGUGUGUGUGUGAGUGUGUGUGUAGGUGAGGAACAUGCUGGAUGAGGUCCAUCCUCCCAGGGACUUCUUCGCUCUGGUGAAGCCUGCUAUAGACGACCAUGAUAGGUAGAGAUGUCACCUUCGACAUCCUGUUUCAUAACUCUGAACACCAGGCCAUGCUCUUCAGAUACGGACUCAAGAAGUCCACACAGGUAUGGGUAGGGAUGGUGAGUGAGUGCGUGUGUCUUUGAUGCGGGGGGGGGUAAGCUGUGCAACAAUGUCUGAUGUGAUUGGUUGUAGAUUGAGAAGCUUGGUUGUGAUUGGUUACAUAUUGAGAAGGUCUGUUGUGAUUGGUUACAGAUUGAAAAGGUCUACGCCCAGAUCCUGCCCACCUGGAAGAAGCUGUUUGAAAAGAAGCUGUAACCAUGACGACAACAGUGGCCGUGUUAUAGAUUGGAACUCUGUCUACAGUUGAAUUCCCUCCAGUUUGUUGUGGAUCAUGAGGUACAACAAGGAGAAUCAUAACAGAUGACAAUUUAACAGUACAUAUUUUUUUUUAAAUGAAACUC